AUGGCGUCCAGUCUCUCCCGCAGCGAAGUCCUGGGCAAGGUCUACAAGAUGGUCCCGCCCAUGUUGGAGAAAUUUCACAAGGGUGAGCACGAGGGCACCAUCCAUGCUCUGCUCCAGAAACACCGACUGACAUGAAAUUCGGCAGGCCAACUGGGACGUGUGGCUGUCAUUGGAGGAAGCGAAGACUAUACAGGAGCGCCAUACUUCUCAGCAAUGGCUUCGGCGAAAUUGGGAGCCGACAUGUCGCACGUCAUCUGCGAACCCGGCGCUGCUGCUGUGAUCAAGACAUACUCUCCCAAUCUCAUGGUGCACCCCUACAUGCGUCAACAGCGAAACCUCGGACAGAACGAAUCGAUCGAAUCCGUGUCCGAGCAAGUCAUUGGCAUGCUCGACCGCCUGCACGUUAUUGUGAUCGGUCCUGGUCUGGGCCGCGACCCGGCAAUGCAGGAGACCUGCGCUCGCGUCAUUGAGGAAGCAAAGAAGCGCAAUAUCAGCUUCGUGCUGGAUGCCGAUGGCCUUUACCUCGCUCAGACGCGGCCAGACCUCGUGCACGGAUAUAAGGAAUGCAUUCUGACGCCAAAUGUGGUAGAAUUCGGCCGACUGGCAAAGAGCCAGGAUAUCGACACCAGUAAAGAGGAUCCGAGCAAGUUGUGUGAGAAGCUCGCGAAUGCAUUCGGUGGUGUCACAAUUAUCCAGAAGGGCAAGGUCGAUUACAUCUCCAAUGGCAAGCAGACGCUCAUUUCGGAUGGAGAGGGUGGGUUGAAGCGAUCUGGCGGACAGGGCGAUACGCUCACUGGUUCUCUCGCGACGUUGCUGGCGUAUCGAAAGGCAUAUCUCGACAAGAUUUGGGACCAUGAGGGCGACAUGAAAGCGGAUGAGACUCUGACAUAUGCGGCCUACGGCGGUUCCGCAAUCACGAGGGAGUGCUCGAGGUUGGCGUUCAAGGAGAAUGGCAGGUCUCUGCAAGCAUCAGACUUGACUGGCCAUGUCCACGCUGCGUUCCUAGACAUCAUCGGCGAGAAGCCGACUGAUCCUGCAAAACUGUAA